AUGCAAAUGAUAAUUGAUGAAGCAGACAGACCCAAGAAGAAAGGUCAAAAAGGUGGGAAGAAAAGGGGAAGGAAAACAGAGGGGCAAGAGGGGCCAUCUGCUCCAACUCAGACUCCUAAGAAAAGGAAAGGUCAGACCGAACCUCAUGCACCAAAAAGGCGAAAGUUCAAAAACCCAACUCGCAAGACCAAGUCCCCCAAUCCAUCUGAAAGCGAACAUUCGAACUCUGACACUCAGUCAGAUGUUCGUAAUGAGGAAGAAGAAACCGUUCGUAAUGAGGAAGAACAACAUGUUCGUAAUGAGGAGAAACCACUUGUGCACAACGAGGAUGAAGUGCAUGUUCGCAAUGAGGAGGAAGUGCAUGUUCACAAUGAAGAUGUCACAUUUAAUCCCGAGGUAACUACUACUUACAAUGAUUUCUUUCCAUCUCCUCCUCCUUCACCCAUAAUUACAACCACUUUCACACCUAUAACUAUUUCACCUUGUCCUCCACCAGUCUCUUCUCAAACUCAGACUAGUAUCCAUUUAUCUACUCCACUUUUCUCUAAUUCUAUUACUCAACCCCAAACGUCUAUAGAACCUUUUAUUUCAAUCAACGCAUCUGAUGUGGGGGCUGACACUUCAGGUUUUACAACGUCUCAUAUCUCACCACCCAUUUCUCCUUUUCGCCAAGACGAUCCUGAUAUGAUCUAUGAGGAUGUCAUGUCUAUCCUUAAGACCCUAACCAAAGAGCACUCCUCAAAUCUUGAAAAGAUGAAUAAAGCAAUGGAUACCUCUACUAAUGUUUGUAACGUAACGACCGAAAAAGUCGAUAAACUAUUUUCUGAUGUUACAGCUUUUAUGAACAACUUCCAGUCCUCUUUUGAGUCUAAUACAAUGAAAGCUAAUGAAGCAAUUGCAAAUCUUGGCACUUCUCUUAAAGCUAAACGAGAUCAACUUCAAGAAGUCAGAACAGGGAUCACUAACGAUCAUGAAGAAUUCUAA